AUUUUUUGGGAAGUAAUGUCGAGAAAGAAGCCGUUUGAUGAAUAUAAAGGUAUUUCAUUGGAAAGUGUAAUCAUUGAUGGUGGUCGCCCGAAUAUAAACGAAAUAAAAGCUUCUAAACAAAUUGAUAGUAUAAGGCGAAUAGUAAAAAAGUGUUGGAGUCAAAAUCCCGCAAAUCGACCGAGUAUAAAAGAACUUGUGAAUUUUCUCGAAGAGACGGAAUUUUAUAUUGACAUAAAUUUUGAAAAUAUGGAACUAAACAAUGUUGUGGCAAAUGGUAUAUAUGGUUGUGUUUGGUCAGGAUUUUGGUCAGCUAAAUUUAUAAAAGUGGCUGCGAAAUGUAUUUCAUGCUAUCAAGAAAAUCGAUUGGAUAUUUUGAAAGAAAUCCACAAGCUGAAAGAUUUAAGUCAUGAAAAUAUUGUUAGCAUACUUGGUAUUUCUCGACAUAGCACUGGAUGUAUUUGCGCGGUUAUAGAGUAUGCGGAAUGUGGAUCACUCUACAAUUUGUUGCAUGCUACAAAUAGAAAGGUUUUGCUUCCCGAUAAACUCAAUUGGAUGUUGCAAUGCGCCAAGGGUAUGGAGUACUUGCAUAACAAAAAUAUAAUUCACCGGGGUCUUAAGACGAAGAGCUUGUUGCUCUUUAAUGAAUACAGUGUAUUAAAAAUAAGCGGACUUCAUACAAGUUCGGAAGUCACUACAAUAAAUACCGAAAUAGUGGGGACACUUUGUAUGGCUCCGAAAGUCAAAACCACAAAUGGAGAUUGCAAUGCAAAGUGUGAUCUAUACAGAUAUGGAAUAAUUUGUUGGGAGCUAAUGUCAGAGAAGAAACCGUUUUACGAAGUGGACAACAUGCAUCCAUCACAUAUUAAAACGAAAAUUAAUAAUGGUCGUCGCCCGAAUAUAAAUGAUGCCAAAAUUCAUGAUGAGUCUGGUUGCAUUGGACAUAUAAUUGAAAAGUGCUGGGAUCAAGUUCCAGAAAACCGACCAACGAUGCAAGAAAUUUGUGUUCUUCUUCCUAUGAAUCCACUAGCUAAUACUAACGUAGACUUCAAAGAGAUUCAACUUGGGGAACUUAUUGGAGAUGGCAGUUAUGGUAUUAUCCAUAAAGCAAUCUGGAAACUUCUCGGUGCGGAAAACAGAUCAGUUGCUGUGAAAAUAAUUCAAAACAGGAGUCAAAAUUCAGUAGAGAACAUAGUGCAAUUUGAAAAAGAUGUUUAUAAGGAAAUUCAGAAUCUAAGAAAAUGUAUUCAUCGAAAUAUUGUCACAUUAUAUGGAGCCUCAAAAGAUUCGAGCAACAACAUUUGCUUACUCCUUGAGUACACAGAUUGUGGAUCACUCUAUGAUUUUUUGCAUCACUCACUCAAGGAAGUUUCAUUCAACGUGAAGCUUGAUUGGAUGCUGCAAUGUGCCACGGGUUUGGAGUUCUUGCAUAAAAAUAAUACAAUUCAUCGGGAUCUUAAGACGAAAAACUUGUUACUUUUCAAUGAAUAUCGUACAUUGAAAAUUUGUGACUUUGGAAGAGUGAAAGAAUUUGCAAAUUGCAGUAUUGAUUUAAUUGAAUCAGUUUGUUAUAUGGCUCCUGAAGUUUAUGUAAAUAACGAAAAUGGAAAAUACAAUAAAAUGUGUGAUGUAUUUAGCUUUGGAAUAAUAUUUUGGGAAGUAUUAUCUAGGAUGAAUCCGUAUUACGAAUUUAAUGAAAUGCAACCGGUGGAUAUCAAAACUAAAAUUAUUAAUGGUAUUCGACCGAACAUAAAUGAUGCGAAUAUUAAUGAUGGCUCCGGUUACAUUAAAUUAAUAAUUGAGAAGUGCUGGGAUCAUACUUCAGAAAAUCGACCGACAAUGAAGGAAUUGAAUGAUCUUCUUCCUAUACUUCCUCUUUAUCCUCUUGAUUACCAAUUGGAAAACUUUGAGGAGCUUCAGCUUGUCGAUGUGAUUGGACAAGGAAACUAUGGAGUUGUCCAUAAAGCAAUUUGGAAACAUCCCAAUACGAAAGAGAUGUUUAUUGCUGUAAAAAUGAGUAAAGUCGUUAGAUCACUAACCGAUAAGAUUAAGUCCGCAAAAUAUGUUUUUCGAGAAAUGCAAAAUCUAAAAAAAUGUAUUCAUCCAAAUAUUGUUACAUUGCACGGUGUCACUAAGGACCGUGACAAUCAAUUUUGCUUACUUCUUGAGUAUGCAGAUUGUGGAACACUCUACAAUUUCUUGCAUAAUUCGGAUCUCGACUUCGAAUUCACAAGAAAGCUUGAUUGGAUGCUGCAAUGUGCCACGGGUAUAGAGUUCUUGCAAAGCAAAAAUAUAGUUCACCGUGAUCUUAAGACGCCAAACUUGUUAUUUUUUAAUGAAUAUCGUACAUUAAAAAUAUGUGACUUUGGAACUGGGAAAGAACUUGCGACUUGCAAUACAGAGUGCAUUGGGACAUAUAGUUAUAUGGCCCCAGAAAUAUGUAAUGAAAGUGGGAUAUACGAUACAAAAUGUGAUGUAUUUAGCUUUGGAAUAAUUUUUUGGGAAGUCAUGUCUAGGAAGAAGCCAUUUUACGAAGACGGUGACAUGCCCAUGUUCGCUAUCCAAAAUAAAAUUAAUCUUGGUCGUCGUCCGAAUAUAAAUGAUGCAAAUUUUCAUAAUGAUUCCCGUUACUUUAAACAAAUGAUUGAAAAGUGCUGGCACCAAGAUCCAAACAAACGACCAACGAUGCAAGAGCUUUGCGCUCUUUUAAGAAAUUAAAAAAUAAAAUCGAAAACAAACGUUUCCUGAAACUUUUUUUUUACUU